AUGCGGCGCGGCACCGCCAAGACCGUGCAGGUGGCGGGGCUGGACGUGGGGUGGCACUCCAGGAUCGACCUGGCUGAGAACCCCAAGACACACAGGCUGGAGGUGACGCGCGAGCUGAUGCCGGGGACGUACCCCUUCAAGUUCAUCAUCGAUGACGUGUGGGGCGCCAGCAUGGACUACCCCACGAUGACGGACGGCGCCAACACCAACAACAUUGUCACGGUCCUGCCCCGCGACGCGUCCGGCCAGGCCGCGCGCGACCGCAUCCUGUCGCCAAACGGCACCAUCACCGCUGAGGAGCGCGACGACCUCGCCGCGCUGCUCUGCCCCUGGGCCAGCCACGACAGGGCGCUGCACCGGCCGCGGGCCGCGGGGGCCGGCUCGGAGGACUCGGACUGA